AUGGAGGUCCGUCUGUCAAAUAUGGUGGCUGCAAAGGCGAUCAGCGACGCCGUCCGGACCUCUCUUGGUCCCCGAGGGAUGGACAAGAUGAUCCAAACGUCAAAAGGAGAGGUAAUUGUUACGAACGAUGGUGCAACCAUUCUUCGUAGUAUUCAGGCAUUACACCCUGCUUCCAAAAUGCUCGUCGAUCUCUCUGCCGCACAAGAUGUCGAGGCUGGUGAUGGAACCACCAGUGUAGUUGUUCUGGCUGGAAGCUUACUUGGUGCAGCUGAGAAGAUGCUUCAAAAGGGCAUGCACCCGACCAUCAUCGCCGAGUCUUUCCUGAAGGCAUCAGCAAAGGCCGUCGAGUUCUUGACCGAGAUCUCUACACCAAUUGAUCUCAAUGAUACCGCUGUUCUUCUACGCGCCGCUAGCACGUCUUUGAACUCUAAGAUCGUCUCCCAAUAUUCGUCAACUCUUGCACCUAUCGCUGUCUCUGCUGUCACACGUCUUGCCUCCCCUACAUCCUCAAACGUCGACCUUAGAGAUAUCCGAAUUGUGAAGAAAGUGGGCGGUACCAUCGAGGAUACUGAACUCAUCGAUGGUGUCGUUCUCAACCAGACCGUCGUUACGUCUGCCGGUGGCCCAACGAGAAUUGAGAAGGCCAAGAUCGGUCUCAUCCAGUUCCAACUGAGUGCACCCAAACCCGACAUGGACAACACGGUCGUCAUCAACGACUAUCGCCAAAUGGACAAGGUCAUCAAGGAAGGCCGAACAUACCUCCUCAACCUCUGCAAGAAAAUCAAAAAGACGGGCUGCAAUGUCCUCCUCCUCCAAAAAUCUAUCCUCCGUGACGCCGUAGACGAGACGUCUCUCAAUUUCCUCAAACGUCUCAAUAUCCUCGUCGUCAAAGACGUUGAACGUGACGAGAUCGACUUCCUCACCAAGAGUCUCGGGUGUAAGCCGGUAGCGGACAUCGAGGCAUUUUCGGAGGACAAGCUCGGUUAUGCGGAUUUGGUGGAGGAAAAAAGUGAUAAUGGGACGAAGGUCGUGAGGAUCACCGGCGUCAAGAAUAGGGGAAAGACUGUCAGCAUUUUGGCAAUGGGGAGUAACUCUCUGGUGUUGGAGGAGUGCGAACGUAGUCUGCAUGAUGCUCUCUGUGUCGUGCGGUGUCUUGUCAAAAAGCGUGCACUGAUUGGUGGCGGUGGCGCUCCUGAGAUCCAUGUCUCCAGAAUGCUUUCUCAAUACGCACAGUCGCUCAAGGGCAUGGAAGCGUACUGCUUCCAAGCAUAUGCCGACGCGCUCGAAGUUAUCCCCACUACCCUGGCGGAGAAUGCUGGUCUGAACCCCAUCGCCAUCGUCACCGAACUCCGAAACCGACACGCACUGGGCGAGCGUAACGCAGGCAUCAACGUUCGGAGGGGUUUGAUUUCGGAUAUCCUGCAGGAGGAUGUCGUUCAGCCUCUCUUGGUGUCGACGAGUGCUAUCGAGCUCUCCACGGAAACAGUGUGUUUGCUGUUGAAGAUCGAUGACUACGUGCAAGCACGGUAG